CUGACUCUUCUUGAUUAUCUUAUCGACCAUUUCCUUCUCCAUUUCACACUCCGCUGGACAUGACUCCAAGAACUAAACAGGAUCACGAUGGGAAAUUCCAGAAGAUCCAAAGAAAUAUGGGAACUGGUAAUUCGAUACCUCUCGAUUUCCGAUAGGAAAAUUAUCAAGCCGUUUCUUUAAUGCUGAAUAGGCUAGCACUGCAUCUUUACGAAGGAUGGUGUCUCUUGCGACCAUUGUCCUUAGCAAUACAGCGUAUGUGGAUGUAUCGAGAAAAUUCAAUGCCGUAA